AUGUGCAGGGUGGUGCGGUUUCCAUGCGGUUUCCCCCAAAAACACGCCAAGCAGGCCAGCGCCAGGGACGCGGGCUUUCUCCGGCCUAAAAGGGCUCCGCGCAACAAGAAUUCGGUCGUUCGGGAGAGAACGCUCGACUUGAAGCCUCAGCCAUCCCGACGUCCAUUCACCCCGUCCAGCUCUCCGAACCCUUUCCAACGCGGUCUGCCGUCGUCGCUCACUCGAUCUCUCUGCCAUUGGAAUCACCGUCGACCGGCAUCCCUUCCUGCGACGUCCUGCUUGACCAGCCACCAUGUCUACUUCCGUCGGGGUCAAUGUACGAUUGAGAACCUCACCCCACGUGCUGCGGCGAUAGCUUUUCUGCAGCUCUCCCGAGCUGCGAGGAGCUUCGCCAUUGUCGAAUAUGUGCUGAUGAGAUGGAUUGUAGGUCCUCCGAUGGUCCGCCCUGGCCACCGGCCUCUUUUACGGCGUCUACAACCAAGCGUCGAUAUCAGCGCGCGAGCGAGCACAGGCCGAGAAGCACGCAUACCAGCAAAAGGAGUCAUUGAUUCAACAAGCAAAGGCUGAAUGGCAAAAGCAGAACUCUCCUGAGCAGCCAAAGGCAUCUGGCGCAGAUGCGUGAUUAAGCUGUAUGGUCUGCCAACCCCAACCCUGCCCUAUUCUGUAAUGUACGUUCAACAUCGAACGCAAAUGUUCCAUCAGAAUUCCAAUCCAAACGCGACUACCGCUCCGAAACCAUACCGUUACAUGCUGACUGGCCGUACAGCGAAAGACGACCUCAACACUCUGCUCGGAAUCACGGAUGAGAAAUAAACCAGCGUCAUCUCCUAUUUCAUUUUGUUUGGCAUGGAUGUGUUGAGGAAGGGGCAGGUAGAUGGAGAGCGGACGAAGCACAUGGGAUAAAAAGAUGGGCGAUUGUGAAGCCCGGUGCGCUGCGGAAUCAUAGUGCGAUAUAUCAUCUCUUGUGUGUGUGUGUGUGUUUCUUGUACU